GUUGUUGACAUAUAGUCUCCCAACUGAUGGUGCACUGUGUAUCUUUCGUGAAAGAGUCCCAAAGUUUGAGAUUGUUGUUGCCAAUCAGGAUGAUACUUCUUUAGAUCAUCCUAGGAAGACCAUUUUGGAUCUCCUUAACUCUGUCGAGGUAAUUAUUUGAGUAAGCUAUCAUUACAAAUACUUUUUAAUGUCUAUAAAUAUCCAUAUUCAUAUCUAAAGUUUUUGUUAGAUUGGCAAGGCAAGGUUAAUGUGUACUAUCUAUGCAAUUGAUACCGACUGGGCAUGGUAUUACAUUAGUUGUCGUGCUUGCAACAAGAAAGUCACACAUAUCCACCAUGGAGUGAAUGGUGUGAAUAACAAAGGGAAGAAGCCGAGGUUCUGGUGUGACACUUGCAAAUCUGUUGUCACUAAUGUCGUGGCUAGGUUUAUGCUCUAUGCUAAUGUGAUGGACAACACUGGUGAGGCUAAACUGUUACUUUUUGAUUCAGUUUGCUCUGAAAUCAUUGGCGAGUCUGCUCCAUCUGUGCUUAAUGGUUCCGUUGAUGAGAUUGAUGACCCAGACAACAUACCAGAUGCAAUUAGGAAUCUAUAUGGAAGGACAUUCCUUUUCCUGGUGUGUGUUGAGAAAGAGAAUAUCUGGGAUGGGAAGGAGAUAUACAAGGUCUCUAAAGUUUUGCAGAAAGAUGGCCUUUUGCUUGAAGAACAGUUGCUGGAGGAUUCUCAGGAGUUGGUCAAUCCUGCAUCUAUAGUGUCUGGUGAUCAGGUGCCACUAAUGCUGGAGAUGAGUCAAGAGACUUCUGACUCUGUCACUCCAUCAUCUAAACGUGUGUAUGCCGACAUUCCCGGUUCUUCUGAUCAUUCUUCUUCUUCUAAGAAGUUGUGCAUUGAACCUAUUGACUUUGGUGAUCAAGAUUCUAUUCCUAAAGAUCAAGAGGGAAAUGUGAAGGACAUAGCUCCUAAUGUUGCUGUGGUAAUUAAGGAUGAUGCUAUCAAAUAUGACCAUCAGAGUAACAAUGUUGUAUCCAAUGGUGGAGGGGGCACACUUGAGGUGAAGAAGGAGGGAAAAAGUGUUAAAGGUGGUGUGAAGGUCAAGGUUGAAAAGAAGUGA